UUAUUGGUCGGAAGUUCAAGUAUCUGGUAGGUUGACUGGCGGAUGGGAUACAUGAGCUGGAGCUAUGGCAGGUCCUAGUAGGAAGCAGAUGUUAAGGUUUCUCGGCCAACUUGGGGCGUUUAUUCUGACCCGGUUCGGAUUCUGGAACUGCUUCAGUAUGCUGAUGCUGUUCGCUGAAAGAGCGGACUCAAAGAGAAAACCGGACAUCCAUGUACCAUACUUGUAUAUUGACAUGGGAGUAGCCGUCCUCUGCGCUAGUUUCAUGUCAUUUGGAGUGAAGAGGAGGUGGUUUGCUCUGGCUGCCGCCAUGCAGCUGGCCAUCAGCACUUAUGCAUCCUACAUCGGAGAGCAGGUGCAUUAUGGGGACUGGCUAAAGGUCCGGAUGUACUCCAGAGCGCUAGCCAUCAUCGGGGGCUUCCUGGUCCUGGCCAGCGGAGCGGGGGAAGUCUACAGGCAGAAGGCCCGCAGCAGAUCGCUGCAGUCCACUGGGCAGGUCUUUGUGGGAAUCUAUCUCAUCUGCAUGGUGUACUCGUUGCGGCACAGUAACGAGGACAGACAGGCCUACCUGAACCACAUUGCUGGGGGCGAGCUCACUCUGAUGCUGAUAGAGGUGCUGUUUGGCGUUCUUGCUCUGGCCUUCCUCACCGGGUACUACAUCCGGAUGGCCGCUCAGAUCCUGACCACCAUCCUUCCCCUGGUCAUCCUGCUCAUCGACGGAAACCUCGGAUACUGGCACAACAACCGCAAGGUGGAGUUCUGGAACCAGAUGAAGCUGAUCGGCCACAACGUGGGGAUUUUCGGCGCCGUGCUCAUCCUGGCCACCGACGGGUAGAACUCUCUGGCUUUUAAAGACAGUUUUUUUACAAAUGGGAGCGUCUGUGCAGAAUGAGAUUGUUGUGGCUGGAUUGUGCCGGAAGCUGCUGCCCGCCUCAGGAUUUAAAGCGCCCAGCUUGUGAGAGCUCAGACGGUUCAUCAUUAGCUACCAGAUGGCUGCCUUCCUUCUACAAGAAAAACACGUUUCCUUUAUACUUUUUAAAUAGCAAAUGGUUUUAUUUAUUUGGUUUCUUGUUUACAUUUUGUUAUGCUCUGAAACUUUACAACAUGAGUGAGUAUUAUGCAUUUGCUGGGAGCUUUUACUUCCCUGGGAAACCCUGAAUAUCACAAUUCAUGUUUUAAAAUUUUCAAGUAAAUGAAAACUGUUCUAUAAUGGUAUGUUGCUUUUAAGAUGUACAAAAAUGUUUGUUUUUUUAAUAAAUUUAAAGUACAAUAUCAACUUACAAAA